AUUGAAGGAAGCCUCUAGAAUUUUUUUGCUGAAACCCUGGAAGUACGAUUGGGUUUUCACUUCCAGACAAUGAGAACGACUUGAAAUUGACCAGGUCUAUUAACUGGGAUGGCGAGAUCUAAUACUCUAAGAUCUUCAUUAUCAUCUCUGUUAGCCAAAUAAGCAAUGGUGCCAGCAGGGAGUUUGAUUGUAUCUCCUCGCUCAAGUUUGAAGUGUUUCUGUCGUUGGGGUUCAAUACCGUCAGUAUAGCCCUUCACUUAGGACUACAGGAAAGUCGGCAUCAUUGUGUUGUGGAAGAAAGAGGGUGUGAGGUUUUGAGUUAUAUUCUACAGACGGUAGUUUUGGAGGUUCUCAAAUAAUUGAGAACGUUUGUCGAACCUUUGGAGAAGACGAACGUGACCGUUUUCGUUCUUGAAAAGAGUUUGAAAGUUGUUAGACUUGAAGAAAAAUGGAUUCUCCUUAUCAUUUCGCACAAACUGAGGCUAGGAAAACUAUUCAGCAAUACCAAAAGAGGAAAUCGCGCUUUGAUUGCCAUACUGAUGAUUGAAUUUCUCCGCUGGAUUGAUGAUGAGAUAGAGAGGGUUCUUUUAGAAGAGCAAGAGCAAAAGCCAAAACAAAGAAGAGGCCAUAAAGAUAGGCAGCAGAGCCAGAGCCAGAGCCAGCAGGAAGCAGAUGUGAUAGUGAAAAUAUCAAGGGAACAAAUUGAGGAACUAAGCAAAAAUGCCAAAUCAAGCUCUAAAAAAAGUGUAUCUUCUGAGUCUGAGCCAUUCAACUUGAGAAGCCGCAAUCCUAUCUAUUCCAACAAGUAUGGCAACUUCUUUGAGAUCACUCCAGAGAAAAACCCUCAACUCCAAGACUUAGAUAUUUCUCUCAACUCUGUCGAGAUCAAUGAGGGAUCACUUUUGCUACCACACUUCAAUUCAAGAGCCACAGUGAUACUAGUUGUUAAUGAAGGAAAAGGAGAGGUUGAACUUGUGGGAUUAAGAAAUGAGAAUGAACAAGAGAAUAAAAAAGAAGACGAAGAAGAAGAAGAAGAUAGAAAUGUACAAGUACAAAGGUUUCAAUCAAGGUUAUCUUCUGGCGAUGUUGUUGUAAUUCCUGCAAGUCAUCCUUUUUCCAUAAACGCUUCCUCAGAUCUCUUUUUACUUGGAUUUGGUAUUAAUGCUCAAAACAACCAGAGAAACUUCCUUGCAGGGGAGGAGGACAAUGUGAUAAGUCAGAUACAAAGACCAGUGAAAGAAGUUGCAUUCCCCGGAUCUGCUGAAGAGGUUGAUAGACUUCUUAAGAAUCAGAGACAAUCUCAUUUCGCAAAUGCUCAACCUCAACAAAAAGAUGAAGGAAGCCAGAAAAUAAGGAUUCCAUUAUCAUCAAUUUUGGGCGGUUUUUAAUGAGUGAAUGUG